AUGAGGCUACUGCACGUCCCUUCACUCGAGCUAUGCGUUAUCCCAGAUGACCAAGUCCCGCCAUACGCCAUUCUAUCGCACACCUGGGCUGACGAAGAAAUCACCUUCAACGACUUGUCCCAGUUGCGGAGGCACGACGCUCGCAAGAAGAGAGGAUGGGACAAGAUACAGAAAAGCUGCGCCGUAGCAAAAUCCCUAGACUUGGACUUCAUAUGGAUUGACACAUGUUGCAUCGACAAAUCCAGCAGUGCAGAGCUUUCCGAAGCCAUCAAUUCCAUGUUCAGAUGGUAUGAAGAAGCUCGCCUGUGCCUCGCCUGUGCCUCGCCUUUUUGUCUGACUGGAACGCGGCGGCAGACACUCCGGACUCAACGACGUUUCGAUCCAGUCGCUGGUUCACACGAGGAUGGACUUUGCAGGAACCCAUUGCCCCUCGUCAAGUCAUAUUCUACGAUUCGCAUUGGGAAGAGCAAUUCACGAGAGAUUCGCUCAGGGAGCUCAUCCACGAUAUCACAGGGAUACCAAAGGAUGUGCUCAAAGCACCAAAUGACGGCGGUCCACAAUGUCGCCAGCGCCUUGAUGGGAUUUCGGUUGCGCAAGAAUGAGCUGGGCUGCGAACCGAACCGAACCACCACACGGGAAGAGGACGCUUCAUACUGUCUCCUCGGCAUCUUUGACAUCAACAUGCCGCUUCUGUACGGCGAGGGUGCCACCAAGGCAUUCAGACGCCUUCAAGACGAGAUCAUAAAGUCCACCGACGACGAGUCACUCUAUGCGUGGAGCUGUCCCAUCGAAAUAGCAGGCAAGCGUCAGUUCUGGGGGCUCCUGGCGGACAGCCCUGCUGCAUUCGGCAACUACAACGACAUGAUUCCCCGUCGAUCAAGAUAUCUCACGCGGAGUUCAAAUCGGACAGUCACUGUCUCGAACAGAGGACUGCGUUUGGAUCUUUUCGUGACGCCCUUUCCAAAAGACACAUCGCGUACUAAUUUCCUCACUUUUCUGGACUGUGAUAUGGCACGAGAGCGGUCGAGUUCGUCCCUAAGUCCUGUAAUUAUACUCCAGCGAACGGCAUGGGACAAUAACGCGGACAUGGCUCGCAUUCGGCCCGAUAUACUCGGCCUAUCCAUUAUGAACAAUGUGGUCCUCCCGGACGAAUUGGCCACGUUAUUGUGUACCGGUUCGGGAACCGGGUCGACGCUGCAGCAACCUGAGCUUGUCCAGAUCUUCAUCCCGCACAAGUAUACCGCCGCCCGCCCUCCUAGCGGCAUCGUGUUCCAUCCUGAAGUGCAUCACCCGCUGAACAAACUCUCCCUUAGCGUCCGACCCCGCUCUCCGACGUGGCAAUACUUCAUCGGCAUGAAGGGCAGUGCCGUGGAGCGCUCGUACGGAAUCAACUUUGAGCAGAAUCCCAUUCCGGCCGUGGAUGAGCUCAAAGAACCAAAAGUCCUUGACACAAUAGGAUAUAGCUGUAAAUUUGGGUUAUACAGUGUCUUGCCAGUUGUAUUUCCCAUGGCCGAAUACACUCUACUGCUGCACAGGAGUUUUGCUGCUUGGUAG